AUGUCUACGAAUUUGGAUGACAGCCGAAAUAGCAGUGACAUCGGGGAGACUCCCAAUUCGUCAAUGCUUCAAGAACCAAUCGACAUCAAAUUAUUAGCAGCAGAAAGCGUUAUUUGGACUGAAAAAAAUGUUGCAUAUAUCGGUCCAUUCGGAAAGUUUCCCGGAAAAGUCGUCAUCACCAGGUACCGAAUGGUUUUUCUUGUUGGAGAUGGAGGAAAACAUUACGAACGAUGGAAGCUUGAUGUACCUCUCGGACAUGUUUCAAAAGUAGAAAAAGUUGGCGGACAAUCCAGAAGUGCUGCAAUGAGAGGAGACGAUAAUUAUGGGUUCAUCGUGCUUUGCAAAGAUUAUCGAACUUACAAAUUCGCAUGCCUACCCACUUCGAACCGAAAGAAUAUUUGUGAUUCACUGAAUCGAUAUGCAUUCCCUAUUUCUCAUAACUUCCCGUUGUUCGCGUUUGUGCACGCAGCAGAAUCCCCACGAUUAAUGAGAGAUGGGUGGAAGAUAUACUCAGCUGAAAGGGAAUAUGAGCGUCUCGGAAUCCCCUCGUCGCGUCUCUGGGAAAUGGUUGACAUCAACAAAGACUACAAGUUCAGUGAGACCUACCCGAGAGUCUUCGUGAUCCCCAAAGCAACAGUAGAAAAGGGAAAGGCAUUUCUGAAAAAGCUUGGAGAGUAUCGCAGCAAGGAAAGAAUUCCUGUUCUCAGUUGGAUUGAUCAAAAUACGUUGGCUUCGAUUAGCAGAUGCUCCCAACCAAUGACUGGACUUGCCAGAAAAAAGUGUAAUGAGGAUGAGAUUCAUCUGACAAAUAUCAUGAAUGCGAAUGCCAACUGCCGUGAGCUUCUGAUUCUUGAUGCUCGACCAGCAGUCAAUGCAAAGCUGAAUAAAGCAAAAGGCGGAGGAUAUGAAGAGAACUACACGACAGCGUCUCUCACCUUCCUCAACAUUCAUAACAUCCACGUCGUUCGUGAUUCUCUCAAACGGAUGGCCAGCACUCUUCUGCCGCGUGUCGAUGAGAAGAACUUUUACAAAGCGCUAGAUGAAUCUAAGUGGCUUCAUCACGUACAAAGUAUUUUGGAGGGAGCAGUAAAAGCUGUAUUCAAUGUGGACAUUGAGAAACAGUCAAUUUUGGUGCACUGUUCUGAUGGAUGGGAUAGAACAGCACAACUAACCUCCCUGGCGAUGAUUCAAUUAGACCCAUAUUAUCGAACCAUCGAGGGAUUUAUAGUUCUAAUUGAAAAAGAAUGGUGUAGCUUUGGACACAAGUUUGGAGAAAGAGUUGGUCAUGGCGACGAUUCUCAUGGAGACGGCGAACGAUCACCAAUCUUCGUGCAGUUUUUCGACUGCUUGUGGCAAAUUAUGCGUCAGUUCCCAUGGGCCUUCGAAUUCACACAAGAUUUGCUGAUGUACAUUCUUGAUGAGAUGUACUCGUGUCGAUACGGAACGUUCUUGUUCAAUUCAGAGAAAAUUAGAUUAUUGGAUAAUAAAUGUGCGGAAACGACAAUAUCGCUGUGGUCGUAUGUGUUGGAAAACAAGAAGAAGUUCACAAAUCCAAUGUUCAGAGUGCGAAAAACCAAAAAAGUUCUCUAUGUGAAUCCUUCAUUCUGUGUUCUCCAAGUCUGGGUCGACUACUAUGCCCGAUCCAAUCCUCACGUAAUAACUCCACAACACGAGGAUAUUCAACACGCAGGACAUCAAUUUGUGAACGAGAGGAAAAAUCUGAUGGAGGAAAUAAUGACGCUUGAGGAAUCAGUUAAUAAUGCUGCUGAUUAA